GGCGUGCGUGGCGUGCGUGGCGUGCGUUCUGGCCGCUAUCUCCCUCCAUUCCGCGUGCUGUGCUCGGUCUUGCGGCCCUUGUCUCGUUCUUCCUUCCUUUUGUUCCUGCUCUUCCUCUCUUUCUCCCUUUCUCUCCCUUCCUUCCCCCUUCGUCCCCUCAUCUUCCCCCCCCCCUCCCUCGAUUAUGGGCUGGGUUUGAUGGGAGCUGAGCUUCGGUGGCGCUGGGUGUGAGCAGACUCGCUUCCCUCCGCCCCCCGGCAGGGCUGGGGCAUUUUACUGCUGGGGAUAUGAAAGAAGCUAUCAUGAACCAAGAAAAGCUCGCCAAGCUCCAGGCCCAAGUGCGCAUCGGUGGCAAGGGUACUGCCCGUAGAAAGAAGAAGGUUGUCCACAGAACAGCUACAGCAGAUGACAAGAAACUUCAGUUUUCUUUGAAGAAACUGGGUGUCAACAAUAUUUCUGGAAUUGAAGAGGUAAAUAUGUUUACCAGUCAAGGAACAGUCAUUCACUUCAAUAACCCUAAAGUUCAGGCAUCUCUGGCUGCUAACACUUUCACUGUCACUGGCCAUGCUGAGACAAAGCAGCUGACAGAAAUGCUUCCUAGCAUCUUAAAUCAGCUUGGAGCUGACAGUUUGACCAGCCUGAGGAGACUGGCAGAAGUCCUACCCAAGCAACGUAAGUCGAAACUUGAAUGUAUUUCAUGGUGGCAGCUGAUAUGCGUCUUAUUUGUAUAGCUGCAGUGAAAUUCAGUGCACUCUUACUGUCUGCAAGCAUAUUAUAAAAUGCUUAUAAAGAAAUGGAACUCUUAGAUGUUAUUUAUAGCUCAAAUCCAACAAUUAAUAUUAAAGAAUAAAGCAGAGGCACCUGUCUCUCAGCAUAUCUUGCAGCUGGUCUAGGACUGGAAAGUCGUAGCCAGACUUGACUUCAUGGUAGUUUACUUCUUGGUGUGGCUUCAAUAUUUUGACAUACCUAGUUCAUGAAAGCUAGGUACAGUUACUAUGGGAGAGUUAGGUUUAAAAAAAAUACAUACUUUGAGUAUGUCUGUUUUGACACUUUCAAGGAAAACAUAAACAAUGAGGAGAGGGACUUGAGGACAGACAUCUUGCUACUGCUUUGCUCCUUCACAGGUGGGGUGAAGGUAUUUCAUCUUGCAUGAGCUUUUUGAUAGCGAAGAGGGGGGGGAAUUAUACAGUAUCUGUAAGGAAAUAUCUCUUUCCCCGUGCUUUUCUUGAAAACUGAGAAGGAUUAAUUAGGAUAAAAUGGAGGUGAUAGGCUAAACUGUCUCAUACUCUCUAGGUAGUACAGCUAAGAAUAGCAGUAAAAGUAGUGACUCAGGCACCUAGGGAACUGAGCCAUCUAUUCUUAGCAUUAUACUAUUGCAGUUUCACAGAUGCUCAUUGGUCUGCUACAAUGGACAUGGUGAGGUCUCACUAGCUCUGGCAAAUACAAUGGGAAUAGUUAAGAAAUUACUGAGUCAGCAGAGAUGUCGUGGGUGAGUGAUUUAGGGUCCUGCUUGCUGCAGAGGAGUGUUUAGAUCACUUAAAGAAAAGUCUGGUCUCGGCGGUGCGGCAAUGAGGAACGACGUGCACCGGGACGCAGACAAAGAUGCACACAGAGGCGGAGAUCGUGUUUGGGAAGAAGUGCAGAGCUGGGCAGAGCAGAGAGCUGAGCCAGGCUGAGGCCCUGUUUAUUAGCCAUUGACAAUUUAUAGGUUUUACAGAUCUAGGCCUGGACUAAGAAGUUAAACAAGAUGUUUUGUCAAUAAUAGUUAUUAAAAAUACACCACACUCAUGUUGUGACUGUUUUCAGUCACGUUCCCAUGCAUAUCUUGUGCGUGGCGUUCCGACCCACUCAUUCACAUGCCCAGACUCAACAUUCACGUAUCAUACAUAUGGGUGUGGUUUUCUGACCCGAGAUAUAAUUCUCACUGGCCUGGGAUAUCACUCCUUACACUCAUAAGGAACAUACUUCUGUAUAACCUGUCCAAGGCUAUUUAGCUGGAACCGCACAUCCUGCCAUUCCCACAGGCAGGGUCUGCCAGACAGAGUAGUUAGAAAGAAGGAAAAAUCCAUCGUGCACAAAUUCUGUGUUUUGUACCACUACUAUCUGUAGCUUCCCAGGCAAGUGGGCCAUGAGGUCUAGUUAAAGUCAUAGCUACAGUUCCACUUUGUGGUAAAUUCACCGUAACAGGUUGCCCUGGCUGUAAUGCUAUGUAUUCUCUUUCAUUACAAGGUGGAAUGUUAGACUCAGUUUUUACAAAGAAUGCUUAUCUCACAAGGCCCCCUGUGGGCCCAUACUGAUUAUUUAAUUGGUGAAGUACUUUGGAAAGUAUUCCACCGAGCCUCAUAUGGCUUAAGGUUCUUUUUCAAUAAGCCAUUAGCUCUUUGUGUCAUCCUAUUUGAUUGAGGGUAAUAUGGGGUGUGGAAUACCCAUUGAAUUCCUUCUUGUUUUGCCAAUUUUUGUACUUCUACACAUGAAAAACAUGAACCAUUAUCACUUUGGAUGGCAUCAGGAGUAGGUAGACUUGAGAACCAAGAUGAUAGCCCUCGUACUGCGCUUUGUCUAUCGGCCUUUUGGCACUUGGUUGCCAUAAGCAAGCCGGAGACUACCUCCACCCUCAUGAGGAUAUAUCAAUAUCCUGCAGAGGGUUUGAAUGGCCCAAUAUAAUGAAUUUGACAUGUAGACCACAAGGUUUUUCCUUGAUCGAUAGGUAGGGGUGGUGUUUCUUUACCUGUAUGACCUAGUUUUUGAUGUAACCAUUCUCCCAACCGAUACCAUUCGAAAUUUAACAAGUUCCCUAUUGUCAUUUUUCUGAUUUUAGUCAAUUCAUCCACCUUUUGGUUCCAAUUUGUGGCUGCUUUAUUGCCUUUGGUGUGAGCUUUUACCCAUCCCACCUUGAAUGGUGUUCUUCUGGCUAUUUCUAGUAACAUUUGCCAAUCUUGACUUCUACAAAUUGGGGAUCUAUUUACUUCCUAAUUCAGUAAUUCCCAUUGACAGAGCCACUGUGUGGUUUGCUUUUCCAGAAGAAUGAGUACAGUGGGUGAGCAAUGAUAGAAAAUCCAGGCACGUGCUUUCUCCGGUGUCCUAAAGUUCUCAUUAGCUGUUUUAAUUCUUUCCUGGAUUGAGGCAUCUGUGAUUGUUAUUUAGGGUGUCCAGUAGAAUUGUUGCCCUACCUGUGAUCCACCAAAUACCUAAAGAUUUCACUUCUUUACCCUGUCCUUGACAUUUUUCAGAUGGAAUCUCAAUAUUUGCUUUGCGUAGAGCUUGCCAAAUUGCUGCUUUCCUCACCUUUUCAGGUGUAGCCCCUCCAAUUAAAAUAUCAUCAGUAUAUUGGUACAGUUUUACAUCUUGACGGAGGGGGGCUUUGUCUGUAAAAGUUCAGCAAGCACAGCAUGAACAGUUGUGGAUGAAUGUUUAUAUACCUGUGGGAGUCUGUUAAAGGUGUAUUGUAUACCUUCCCAAGUAAAAGCAAAUUUCUCUUUAUCCUCUUCCUGCAAGGGAACCAUAAAGAACGUAUCUUUUACAUCUAGUGCUGCCAUCCAUGAGUAUGCAGCUCCUUGCGAAGUAGUGUUAAAUUCGCAAUGCUUGGUACAACAGGUGUUAACGGGGUUGUAUUAGCAUUCAGGCACCUAUAAUCAAUUGUUAGGCGCCACCUCCCUUCUGGUUUCCGAACUGGCCAGACUGGUGAAUUGUAUGGAGAGCGGGUCCUGAAGAUAAUAUGCCAUUUUUGCAAGUCUGCUAUUACCUCUGAGAUUCCAUUUCAUGCCGCAGCAGAAAUAGGGUAUUGUGGUACUCUAGAGAUCUUUGGAUCAGGGAGCACAGGGGCUACCCAGAAUACACACACUGUAGCCUCCCAACUUUGAUCAGGGUGUGGCAGAUAUGCACUCGACUCCCCCCAGCCAGACCAGCAGCAGUUUGGUGCAGGCUCCAGAGGAGGUAAAGGCCUGAGCCAUAGCCAGACCAAGAGCUCCUUUUGGGAAACCCACAAGUAAGCAGAAUGGCACACUGAACACUGAUGAGUUGUGGGCACAGGGAGUCUUGUGCAUACUUUUCCCACUGUAUGCAAUUUGACUACGAGUCACCCACCUGCCACCAAACUCUUUUAAGUCGCACUUCUCUUUGAGAAAUCUAAACAUUCUUCUGCAAUAAGCAUGUCCUGGUUUUGUUAAAAAACAAGUUUCUCUUUUAGUGAAUUUGCCUGUCGGCUAAAGCCUUCAUAUUAGCUGCAUUUUCCUGGAGAACCAGAUACAUGUUUUGGUAAACCUAGCAAUGGAAUGCAAACUUAUUGAUAAGCAUGGAUGGACAUCUCGCAAGAGGGGCAAUGAGAAACCGGUGACCAAGAAACUGACCAACUGUGUAUAACAUUCCAUUCACGUGAAUACUUCAUACAAAAGUGGGAGAUCACGAGGAUCUUGUCCCUUUUUUCCUCAUGGCUGACAUUAGGAGAGGACCUUGCUAGUCGUCCCUGCGAACUGAGGCCUAGUGAGAGACUGAAUCCAGCUCCGGUUGGCUGCAGAGUCCAGUCCAGGACUUCGGGUGCCGGUUCUGCAGUUGCUGAGACUUUCAAGAAUAGUUUUGUAUAUUUUGUAUUAUUUUCUCUAUUCUUAUUAGUAGCAUUAGUAAAACAUCUUUAAUUUUUUCCAACUCUCUUCUCUCUGUCCUUCUUUUCCUCCCGAUCGC